AUGAUCUCCACAGCUCUCCGCUGGCUGGUCCUGGUGUGUUUUAUCAUUCUAACCAUCAGUGGGAACGUGCUUGUUUGUUUGGCUGUGGGGCUCAGCCGUCGACUGUGGCGCAUUGCAAACUGCUUCGUGGUGUCGCUGGCAGUGACAGAUCUCCUGCUUGGUCUGCUGGUGCUGCCCUUGUCUGCCUCUGUGGAGCUGCGCAGCGGGAAAUGGCCCUUUGGAGGAGUCCUGUGUAACAUCUACAUCUCACUGGAUGUCUUGCUGUGUACAUCCUCCAUACUGACCCUGCUGGCAAUCAGCGUGGACCGAUACCUGGCCAUUUCAUCUCCCCUUAGCUACACCCGGAGAGUUACCCGUCCAAGGGUAACAUUGGCCAUGAUUGCCAUCUGGGCCUUGUCACUAGCUGUGUCCUUUGUGCCCAUCCACCUGGGCUGGAACACAGUGGACUACAGAGUGCAGCAUUUGGACUGGGGCAUGGGGGAUGAGGACAAGGAGGAUCGCUACUGCCAGUUUGAAUGGAAUAACAACUAUGUUCUUUUUUAUGCCUUUAGCUCAUUUUACCUGCCUCUGUUGGUCAUGUGUGGAAUGUAUCUUUGCAUAUUCAGAGUGGCACGAGAACAGGUGCGACGUAUUCGUGCUGCCACUCCAUCAUUUGCACGCACAGCAUCAACUGCUGCCAUAGCCCGAGAACAUAAAGCUACAGUGACCCUGGCAGCUGUUCUGGGAGCUUUUGUUAUCUGCUGGUUCCCCUACUUCACCUUCUUCACUUGCAUGGGCAUUAAGGAAAAGACAAAUCCCCCCAAUACACUGCACUCUGUGGUCCUGUGGCUGGGCUAUUUUAACUCAGCCAUUAACCCCAUCCUGUAUCCAGCCCUCAACAGGGAUUUCCAAAGGGCCUACGGAGAGUUGCUUCGCUGCAGAGGAUCGUCUCGCAGAAAACCACAGCUUACUCACACAACUGUGCACAAGCGAUUGACCUUUACUAAUGGACAAAGGGUCUCCCAACAGUCUGAGGAAGACAUAGACCCAGUUAAGAAAGAAACAGAGGUGAAAAGUCUUACUCUACAUGACAGAAAUGGCAUCUCUGAUUGA